AUGUCUGCUGCUCCUUUCCGUGUGUCCCUCCGUGUCGCUUGCCGUGCUUCUGCCAGUGCUGCUGACCAACGCAUUCUGUGUGCUGCCGACCCUGUUGCAUCUAGCAUUGAUGCUGCUGUCCCUGAAGCCGACGUUCAGUGUGACCUCUUCACCAGAGAUGGCGAAACCGCUGGUAUGGAUAUUGCAUCCACCUAUCGCCAGCCGCGGUUUGGACCUUCCCCCGGCUCUCGUAAUCGACGGGAUCUUCAUCAAGACCAUACCUAUGCAAAGGCUACGUCCUCGAAGAAAGUCCCACCCAUCAACAUCGACCUCUGGCGCCGAGAAUGGUAUACUGCCCAUCAGCGCAGUGAUAGCCCUCAGCCCAUAGAAUUAAUUCUCAAGGCCUUGCAAGCUACGCCACAGGAACGUCGUGCGCUUAUUCCUUCUUCCUUGUGUGCCACUGAAGGCUCUCAAGAAUUCUGGAUUCCAUCCCCUGGCCUGACGCAAGCGUUUCCACUUGCAGUCAUCAUGGACUCCCUUCUUCCAUCGGAAGAAUUAGAAGCUGUGGAAGUCAAGGCCAAGACAAAGCUUGACCCCUCUACGUCCACGCGCAACUGGGAAGUCCCUCUGUCGAACCGCUACGAAAUUUUCACCUUGGAACCGGACUCUAACAUCCCUGAUUUCGAUCUCAAGGUCUUUCUUUCGCCCACGACGCUUGGAAUCAGCCCAACGGUCUCCAAGCUCUUGUUGAAGAAACUGGAUGAAUUGGGUGACACGCUCUCCCCAGGUGCCGCGCUGGAUCGACUGUGUUCCCAAGAGACCCCCGAUUUUUCCGCUCAAGAUCACAUUCAGCUAGUGUUAUGGGACCUUUUUGCAAUGAUUUCGGCUCCGUCCAUUUACUUUGACCCAGUCAAAAUGGCCCAUGCGUCGCAGACAAGCCUUUUGGUGUCUCGUGAGUGCUCGAAGCUCCUUCUAUGGUCGGGCUCUCCUCUGUUUAAUCCCCCGCAAGCUACAUAA